AUGGAUCUGCUAAAUACUGUUGGUCCCUGGGAGCCUUUCACUAAAGAUCAAACAACUGUUGUAAUCAAUUGCUCUAUGCGAACCCUUCAAUGCGAUUCUUAUUCUGUGGCACUUAUCGAUAUAAACAACGGUAUUAAAGGAAAAUAUGGACUUUCAACGACUUCGAUGAGUCUUCUCUGUAAAAAUGGGCAAUGGACUUACGAUGGGAAUGUUGUUACAACGAUCGGUUGCAAGAAUUGUGUCCUUGGCUUUUGU